AGCACCCUUUAAGGACCAAUGUGCCCAACAGCUCAUGGAAGAAAAAAAUCAAAUCAGGACAUCCUUGGUUUCCAGGCUACCGAAAUAUGGAACGAAAACUUUAGGAAGUGUUUUGCAACCUGUGCCAAAUGGGACGGCUGUUAGUUUAGCAGGGAAUAAUGGUGGCAAAAACUUUGGCAAGCACAAUGGCACUGUUCGCAUGUCUUCCUUUUCUUUCAACUGGAAAAAAUCAAAUAAAUAUCAAAUUCAUGAUCAAAACGAGAGACAGACCAACUCUAAACAUAACAGUAAUGAAAAACUAAUUGAUUCUGAGAAGUAUUCUCAUUCUCAAGGAGCAUUGGGUAAUGAUGUGCUCAGGGUGGGUUUGAACAAUACUGCUUCAGUUGCAUCAAAAGCAGCAAAGCAAACCAAUAUGUUUGUAUCUUCUACUGAGGAAUUAAACCCAAAGUCUUUGCCUGGACUCUCUAGUUCAGCAAAAUUUGCCAAAGGUACCCUGUCAGGAAGGACCUCGUACUCUGGACUCAAUGCUCCAAAGUCACAUCUAAAUGGAUUUUAUGGAAAUAGGCCCAUGGUAGGUUUGCAGAGGCCUAGAGCUAAUUCUAGUGCCACAAGGACAAGUUCAGGAGAAAGUCUGGCUCAAUCUACAGACAAUAGCACAGCUUUUUCCUCUGAAAAAAUGGUAAGGUCACAAAGUUUUUCACAUUCCAUUCAGAAUUCUUUCCUUCCCACUGCAUCUUUAACAAGGUCACAUUCCUUUAAUAAAGCUGUGGAUCUUACAAGGCCUUAUCAUAGUCAAAAUCUAGCUGCCAGGACACCUCAGAGAUCGACCUUGUUGUCAAGAAAUGCACGUCAGUUGGAUGUACCCAAUGGAAAUGAACCUAUGAAGUAUGGAUUUACCAGGACCUACUCUGGUAUGUCGACACCUUCAAAGAAGCCCCCAGUGUCAAAUGGAUCUGGGUCAGCACCUUCUUUUGGGUACAGAUUAAGUCGGCCUUCUCUGCUGAAGCCUACCAGCCAGCGAUUUGCUGGGAAUGUCGUUGUGGAUGGCAGCAAAAGUACAACUCCUGACACAUGCACUGUGGACAACUCUGAAAUUUCAGCAAAUAUUACAAGAGCAAUUGAGAAAAACAGUAUUAGAGAGAGCAACGCUCAAAGAACAGGAUCUGAUGAGGGCCUGCAUGAAAGUAUGGGAAAACAUGGGUCAAAAGUCAUGUGUAUGAGUGACGAUGGAGAUGAAAUAUCGAUAUCUUCUUUGUCAUCUUCUGAAAAAAAUGAUUUGAGUGAAGACUUCAGUGAUGAUUUCAUAGACAUAGAAGACCCAAACAGAACUAUACAAAUACAGCAAAAGGAGAAAAGCCUUCAGGAAUUAGAGCACAGGAGCAUAACAUCCAUCGAGCCGUUCACUUCUCUCAAGGAAAGUGGAGGAUCUUGCUGUAAUGCUGAUGACUGGCUUGAUCUAAAUGUGUCUGCAGUGGAUGACAACAGUGAAAGCACAAAGCAUACUGCCGAGAACGUGAUUUCUCCAGAGGUGAAUUACAGAGCUGGGUCCUCUUUUGAGCUUUCUCCAUCUGACAGCUCUGAUGGCACGUAUAUGUGGGAUGAAGAAGGGUUGGAACCUAUUGGAAGUGUUCAUCCAUGUGGAAGUUAUGAGUCGUCAGAAAUGAACAGCAUAGAUAUCUUGAAUAAUCUUGAUUCAUGUGAUCUUGAAGAUGAUGAUCUCAUGCUUGAUGUGGACCUGCCUGAGGACCCGCCUCAUGACAAAGAGGAAUGUGAAAAUAUGAGCCGUUAUGAUAGACAAGACAGAAAUGCUAGGCAACAUCAGGAAGGAUUCUGGAAAAGAGCACCACAACAGCGAUGGAAUACCCAGGAUCACUAUCAUCUUGGCAAUACUGAUCACUAUAUCCAUGGUAAAAAUGAUUUGAACAGGGGAUCGAGCUACCUAGAAUCUCCUAUUGGUCACUUUGAAAGCUAUGGAGCACCAAAUUUUUACCAGGCUCCUAGACAGCUGGUGGGCUUACCGGAGAAUACUGUGAUGCUUGAUGAAAUGACCCUUCGGCACAUGGUUCAGGACUGCACAGCUGUAAAAACUCAGUUACUGAAACUGAAGAGGUUAUUGCACCAGAAUGAUGAAAAUGUGUCGCUCCAGGACAUCCCACUCUCAGUUCCAUCAAGUCCAGAACCACAAGAACCGGAGUCAACUUUUAAGAUGGACGAUCUGCUUAAUGAGAUCAGGCAGCUUAAAGACGAACUGAAGAAAAAGGAUGAAACAAUCAACCAAUUAGAGCAUCAACUUGCCACUAGAUGUAACUGCCAGAAAGACAGUCAGAAACCUACAGGGUCAACGUGCAUGUAUGCUGAUAAAUUUACGCAAACCUCCUGGAGGAGGAGUUCUGGUGGGUAUUCUGCUCCCUCCUUCUCUCCCUGGCAGGGCUCAUUCCAGGGCAUCCCUCGGAGUGUUCCACCGCACCGCAGACAGACCUCAAGUACUACAGCCUUCCAACAGCCUUCCCAGUUCCACAGACCUCGCCCAGGGAAAACUAAUAAAAAUGCCACAUAUCGAGGCCCACAGUGAAUAUCCUAAAUAUGGUCUGCAUGAAAAUAGCAAUCAUCAGAAUCAAAAUGCUGCAAAUGUCUCUCUCAUAAAUAGCCUGAAUGAUGUAAACUCUUUAAUGAGCAUACAGUUAAACAGAAAAGAUGAGAAAGCAUCAUAUUUGGAAAAUUUGAAAAAUAAAAAUACUGAAGAUCCUGGAGAG